AUGGGUGAACUGUAUUACAAGGAUGAAGAACUGGGCCCUGUGGAUCACCUAUCAGGUGAUGAAAAUACGAACAUCGUCAUGAGAAAAAACCACAACAUGAACAAAAAGAGUCCCUCUCCGUCCCCAUCUCACACGGCGGGUGGCAUCCCCAGAAGGCAGUGUCACAGCCGGCUGCUCAUCCGCACGCCAGCGUCUAUCACCGGCAACAGGAGUUUGUUCUUUCUACCUGGGAGCAAAGAAAUAAAUAAGCGACAAGAAUUGAGAGCAACGCUAGAAAUGACGAAGGGGUAUAACAGCAGAGAGCUGCAAUGUCCAAGAGCUCCCAGGUCACAUUGGCUGCUGAGCCAAACUGGCUUCGUCAGCAGCCCCGUGAGCAUGGUGAAGAGUGAAGGCCCCAAACUGGUGCCCUUCUUUAAAGCCACUUGUGUCUAUUUUGUCCUCUGGCUGCCAACUUCCAGCCCCUCCUGGUUCAGUGCCCUCAUCAAAUGUCUGCCCAUCUUCUGCCUGUGGGUUUUCCUUCUGGCUCAUGGAAUUAACUUCUUAGUGUCACACCGGAGUGCCAGCCGCAUCCUAGCAGGACUCAUAUUCUCAGCAGUGGGAGACGCCUUUCUCAUCUGGCAGGAGCAGGGCUACUUCAUUCAUGGUCUGCUGAUGUUCGCCAUUACACAUAUCCUGUACUCUUCAGCCUUUGGCAUGAAGCCUUUGGACCUCAAAGCCGGCUUAUUGAUGGGCCUUGUUUGCAGUUCCUGUUAUGCCUUCCUGUACUCCUACCUCUCAGGCCCAUUCACCUACCUGGUAGCUGUCUACAUCGCCUUGAUUGGCUUCAUGGGUUGGCGAGCGGUCGCCGGCAUGCAGCUGUGCAACGACCUCUGGACAUGGACCAAGCUCUCGGCCUGCAUCGGCGCGAUGCUGUUCAUGGUGUCGGAUCUGACCAUUGCACUUAACAAGUUCUGCUUUCCUGUGCCCUACUCGCGCUUCAUCAUCAUGGCUACUUACUAUGCAGCCCAAAUGCUUAUUGCACUGUCAGCUGUGGAGAGCAGAGAUGAAGAGGACUUCAGAAAGAGGAGCUAGGUGGAGUGCCGAUAGUCUG